AUGGUUUCGACGGCAAUAGCUGAAGUGCUGGCCGGGUCCGGAAGCGAGGGCCCGGGUCUCUGGAAGCAGCUAAAUGAAAACACUUUCUUACACGGAUUCGUUGCCUCCUUAUCAGUGAUCAUCGUUUCAGAGCUGGGCGACAAGACCUUCUUCAUUGCCGCCAUUAUGGCAAUGAGACAUUCCCGGUACACGGUUUUUCUUGCCGCCAUGUCUGCAAUAUUUAUCAUGAACACUCUGGCUGUGAUACUUGGCCUUGCCACCACAAUAGUUCCGCGGUUCAUCACCCACUACGGCUCUAUCAUUCUUUUUGCCGCAUUCGGCGCAAAGAUGCUCCACGAGGGCUACCACAUGUCCGACGAUGAAGGCAAAGAGGAGAUGGAGGAGGUACAAAAGUCCAUCAGCAAAAAGGAGCAAAGUGGUGAUUACGAGAACACCGCUCUCUCCGCCGAAGACCCUGAAACGGGCAUCAUCAGAACGGCGGUCAAGCAACCCACGUCGACUCGAAUCAGGCGAAAGCUGAUGGCAUACGUGUCUCUGGUCUUCAUUGAAACCUUCACAAUGACCUUUCUGGCGGAGUGGGGCGAUCGAUCUCAAAUCAGCACCAUCAUCCUCGCCGCCAGGGAGGACGUGUUUGGCGUUGCCGUUGGUGCUCUGGUCGGACACUUUUGCUGCACUGCAGCCGCAGUCCUGGGCGGCCGCCUUGUUGCCCAGAUGAUUUCAGUGCGGACAGUCACCCUGAUCGGCGGUGUGGUUUUCAUCUUCUUCUCCCUCUUUGCCUUCUUCCACAACAGCGAGUAA